AUGUCCUGGCUCUAUUCAUCUCUUACUGAACCAAUGCUUGGUGAAAUCGUGAACUACAAAACUGCCCAUGAAAUCUGGGCAGCAUUGGAAGAAAUUUACUCGUCCUCCUCUAUGGCUCGUAUCACUGAAAUUCAUGGCAAACUUCAAACAAUCAGGAAAGCAGGACUCACGACAGCUCAGUAUAUUCAGCGUCUCAAGAGCUAUUGCAAUCGUUUGGCAGCAAUCGGAGAGACGGUUUCACCCAAAGACCAGCUCGUGUACUUUCUCGGCGGAUUGGGGCCAGCGUACGAUGCUUUUGUCACUAGUAUACUCAACAGAGCAGACAAACCAUCCAUGGAAACUGUGUACAGUUUAUUACUCAGUUUUGACUACCGAAUGGAAAGAAAUGCUACUGAAGAUAUUUCGAGCUCCCUUCAAGCUAAUUUCUCUUAG